UCUCCACCACCUGCAUUUCCUUGUGUGGGCAAAAAGAUACUCAACUUCCUUGUUUACUUCAUUCUGAAAGCCAAAGGAAGGAGGACUUGAAUGGACUCUAAACAGAACAAAGCAAGAUUAUUGUCAGAUCAGCUGCUCUUAGACACCAAGACCGAUGGCUUUUCAAGAGCUAGUAAGAGAAUGGAACAGGGGUGUCCUAGCCCUUGAGAAAGGCAACCUCGACCCUGCCUUGAACAUCUUCCAUGGCAUUGAGAAUCCUCCUUCCAAGAUAGACUUCAACAUUGGCUGUCUCUAUCUCCAGCAAGGAGACCUGGAUCAAGCUCUGGAGGCUUUCGAUCGAACCAUUUCCAAAGACAACUGCUUAGCUGUGGCCUUCUUCCAGAGAGGUUACAUUAACCUGCAGCUGGGGAGGUAUGAGGAAGCCUUGAAAGAUGGGAGGCUGGCUCUGCUGUAUCUGCGGAAUAAUUCCUGCAUCGAUUACAAACAACUCGGUCUGGCAUUUGUGCUCUGCACCUCAAAGGUUCUGUACAAUAUGGCAGCUACCCACUGCCGGCUUGGAAGAUGGCAAGAAGCACAAGAUAUUCUGGAGGAAGCGGCCAGACAAAUGCCCAAGGGUCAAACCGUGAUUGCUUUGAAGCACGUACAGGAUCAUCUCCUCCUGGAACCCUUAAGUGUCCCACCGGGGACAAUUUUCAGGCCUCCCAUGGAAGAGUUGGAAGAGAAAGACUUCCUAGGCCAGUCCAAGGUCAUUUCUUCUGCUUUCGAAGAGGACCCAGGCAUGGGCACUCGCUCUCCGAAGCCUCAGAAGGUCAUCCAAGGAAUCCCAUCCCCACCGGGAAUCAUGCCUCCCCGUCUUCUACAUGACAGCCAGAGGAUUUGGAAACCAGGUCAGCCCCAAGUUGACCACCAGUGGAACCCAGCAGGAAAAGAUUUGUGA